GGCACGGAAACUCCCUCAGUGUUCAGAAAUGGAGAUCUUGAGCACAGCAUGUGGGAGAGAAUGAAGGACGGCAGCCUGACCCUAGUGGAAGAGGGGGUGACUGCUCUACAGUUCAUGAAGCAGAGAAUCAGAAGUCUCUCUCUAAAUGGAGAUGAUGACGCUUUCUAUGUUGCUGACCUAAAUGACGUGAUACAGAAACAUUGUCGAUUUCUCCAGCAGCUGCCCCGGGUGAGGCCGUUCUAUGCUGUGAAGUGUAACAGUAGUAUUGAGGUUCUCCAAGUGCUUGCAGCGCUGGGUACAGGAUUUGACUGCGCCAGCAAGACUGAGAUACAGAUGAUACUAGGGAUGGGAGUACCUGCCACUGAUAUCAUCUACGCAAAUCCCUGCAAACAGCCGUCUCACAUCCGAUAUGCAGCCAAGCAUGGAGUCAACAGGAUGACCUUUGACUGUGAGAGUGAACUGGAGAAAAUCCCAGAGAAUCACCCAGACGCAGAGUUGAUCCUCCGCAUCCACACUGAUGAUGAGGGAUCCAUCUGCUGCCUCAGCAAGAAGUUUGGAGCUUCGAUACAGACAUGUGAGCACCUCCUGAAGAGGGCAAAGAGUCUAAAUGUGCUGGUAACUGGAGUCAGCUUCCAUGUUGGUUCUGGCUCCAGAAACCCCCAGACUUUUCACCAGUGUAUUGCGGAUGCCAGACUUCUUUUUGACGUUGGAAACAAACUGGGACACAAGAUGAGAGUGUUGGAUAUUGGAGGAGGGUUUCCUGGUAACCCUGAUUUCCAGCCAACAUUCAAAGAGUUUGCUGCUGUGAUCGCUGAAUCACUGGUUCAGUACUUUCCCAGUACGGAGGAUGUAGAAGUGAUAGCAGAGCCUGGGACAUAUUACGUGUGCUCUGCUGUUACCGGUGCCCUCAAUAUAGUAACAAAGAAGGUGGAUAAUGUGAAAGGAGCAGAUGAAAAGGACAGAAGACAAUUAUCCUAUUUUCUUAAUGAUGGUCUGUACGGGUCAUUUUUGAAAUUUAAAAUAUGCAAAGAGUAUAAUUUCCCAAAACCAAUAGUGGAAAAGGACAUUCUCCCGUCGGCAGAACGCUUCCCCAGUAAACUGUGGGGUCCGUGCUGUACAGAGAAGGAUGUGAUCCUGGAAGAGGUUGAUCUACCAGAGCUGGAAGUGGGGGACUGGAUCAUAUUCCAGAAUAUGGGAGCUUACUGCAUGGCUCAAAGAUCCACCUUUAAUGGUUUCCUACCCCCACCUGUGCACCACAUUCUCGGCAAAGACAAAUGGACGUUGUUUGAGAAGCAGAUGCACAGGCUGAGCCAUAAAUCUGUAUAGACUUGUUUCUCAUUUUAAGUUUUCAAAUAGUGGGCCUAAUUCAGAUGUACCGUAGCUGUUGUUGCUGCUGCCGUCGUUGCUAUCUUCUGCCGCACACAAUUGCGCUUAUAUGCUAAUGGGGACAGAAGCUAACCUGAGCAUAGGGACUCACACUGCUGUCGCAUCAUGGGGGUCAUUCCGAGAUGAUCGUAGCUGUGCUAAAUUUAGCACAGCUAUGAUCAUUCACACUGACAUGUGGGGGGACGCCCAGCACAGAGCUAUCCCACCCCGCAUGUCAGUGCCGCCGCCCCCCCCCAGCAGAAGUGCAAAGACAUCACACAGCGCCGAUGCCUUCGCAUUUCAAGAGUAGCUCUGACCAGCGCAGCUUUAGCGUGUUGGCCGAGAGCUACUCAUCGCUCCCCGGCCCGCAGCGGCUGCGUGUGAUAUCAUGCAGCUGCUGCGGCCCGCCCCCCAUUCGGUACGGCCACGCCUGCGUUGGCCGGACCGUGCCCACGAAACGGUGGCCAAACGCCGCCGUUCCGUCCUCCCAGAGACCGCCUCUGCCUGUCAAUCAGGCAGAGGUGAUCGUAGCAGCCCAACGGCCUUCGGCUGUCAGGCAUGCGCCGCCACACUGCGGUGUCGGCGCAUGCGCAGUUCUGACCCGAUUGCACUGCUGCGAUAAACUGCAGCGUUCGAUCGGGUCAGAAUGACCCCCCAUGUCCGUCCAACAGUGUACAACUGCGGAUACAUCGGUACAAUCGUCGCAAAUCGGGUCAUGUCACAGAGUGCCGCUGAAGGUGCGGAGGCUGAGCUCUCCAGUAGCAUGUAAGAUCGUAACUGCUAAUGUAUGCACGCCCAGAAAACGCCACCUGAAUGACACGCCUGCAUUCACCUGACCCCUCCCCGUUACCACCCCCAAAUGCUGUCUUCCUGUCACUCACUUUGCGAUUUAUUCCUCGGUGUGACCGCAAUUCACUGGUUGCGCGUGUGUGCACUGCGCCUCAGACGCAUGUGCAGUCAGAGAACAUCGCCCGAUUGCAUACAAUAGACGCUUUGCGACCGCAUCUGAAUUAGGCCCAGUAUGCAAUUUCCCAAUACAGAGUUAUAUUAUUAAUUGCAAUUUGCUAUGUAUAUUUUAUAUCAUGCGAUAGCUACUGUGUCACAUGCUGCCAGUCUGAUUUAUAUUAAUUUUAUAUUAUUAAAUGCACUCAUUUUAA